CGAGAGGGGUGCUUCCCCACCAAAACAAUAAGCCCGUGCGGUAGCAGUACACACCACGCGCACUGCGCGAGCAGGACAUAUACCGUUAUCAAUAUGUGGAGGGGUGUGAUUUAUUUUGUUAUAUAUCUCAUGACCAUACUGGAAGGGACAUCUGCCUGUCCUCACCGGUGUCUGUGUUUUCGUACGACCGUCAGGUGUAUGUUUCUGCAAUUAGAGCAGAUCCCCCAAAUUCCCUCGGAUACUAGGAUCUUAGACUUAAGAUUCAACAAAAUAAAGAGUAUACCACGGGGAUCCUUUGGGAAUUUAUCAAGUUUACAAACAUUGUUGUUGAACAACAAUGAGCUGGCAAGCCUGGAUGAUGGGGCCUUCCAGGGGCUUGGUGAGCUGAGAUAUUUAUAUCUAUAUAAAAACAAGAUAGAGACCAUUCAUAGUAGAGUAUUUAGAGAUCUUCCUAAACUCGAACAACUAUUCUUACACAGCAAUAAACUAAAGAGUCUACCAAAAGGUGUAUUCUCCCACUCCAGACAUCUACGUCGGUUACGAUUGGACUCAAAUGCACUGGUCUGUGACUGUCAGUUGAUGUGGCUGUCCAACAUGCUGAAGGAGAAACAUGGCUAUACGCAGGCUGCUGCCACCUGUGAGUUUCCCAGCAAACUGCAGGGGAGGUCCCUCAUGAGCAUAUCCCAGGAUGACUUCCACUGUGAAUAUCAAGUGGCUAAUGAUUCUGACCAUAGAUCAGAAAUGCCAAGAUUUACAAUGGAGCCAAGAGACGUUGAUGUGACAUUUGGCAACACAGCAUACUUCACCUGUAGAGCAGAGGGCACACCUAAUCCAGAAAUAAUAUGGCUCCACAACAGUGAAAUGGUGGAGCCUGAUAAUCGCUUGACUAUCCUCUCUGAUGGUACGUUGAUGAUUCAAGAGACGAAGGACACAGAUCAGGGGGCCUAUGAGUGUGUGGCCAGGAAUGCUGCGGGAGAGGUGAAGACAAAUAAGGUGGAGCUGAGGUACUUUGGAGAGCCGGUGAUCCCGACUUUCAUGGAGACACCAGCUGAUAUAACAGAUGUGGCAGGCGAGACAAUUCAGCUACUUUGUCGGGCAUCAGGAAACCCACGGCCAGACAUCACCUGGACAAAGAAUGGGUCCCCCCUACAGAGCAGCCCACGGUUCCGCCUCCUGUCCAAUGGUGCACUGAUGAUCCGUGAUCUGCGGGAGGAGGACGAGGGCCUCUACAGGUGCAGUGCGGCCAACAGCAUUCAGACCAUCACAGCCUCGGCUAGGGUCACCAUCCAGUCUCCCCCUGAAUUCUUUGUGAUUCCUCGUGACAAGGAAGUCCCAGAGGGUGAUAAUGCAGACUUCAGCUGUAAUGCUAGGGGGGACCCAAGUCCAGUCUUGUCAUGGGUCAAAGAUGGUCGCCCCAUACCCACCAACAGACGGUACACUCUACAGAAUGGGGGACGCUUGUUCCGCAUCCUGAACACCGAGAGCUCCGACACCGGACAAUACACUUGCCGGGCAGAGAAUGCAGCAGGGGAACAGCAAGCCAGUGCCAGACUCCACAUUAUCUCUCAUACUGCUCCUGUGUUCAGUGAGCGCACUGUGAGCAGUGUGCCCACUGCAGGCAGCGACAUCAGUCUGGAGUGUCGGGCAGAGGGAAACCCUACCCCUCACUACCAGUGGCGGAAGGAAGGGCGGCGGAUACGCAACAGUCAAAAGUAUGACCUGCAAGGCAACACUCUGACUGUACGGAAUGUGCAGCAUGGCGACUCUGGCAGAUAUGACUGCAUUGCUCAGAAUCUGGCAGGGAGAUCGGUCAAGUCUGUUAAUGUACAGGUGCAGGGAAUUCCAACACCUUCUAGGAGGGGAGACAACUUUGUACACGCAGCCUCAAACCGUGCGAGGACAAUAGUGAAUAAUGCCAUCAACGACACUUUGCGGGACCUGUUUAACAAGGACAAGACACAUACAAUUGAAGACUUGCUGAGAAUUUUCCGUUACCCUGCACCAGAGGCACUUGAACUGGCAAGAGCAGAAGAAAUCUUUGAGCAAACACUGAACAUCAUCCACCAGCAUGUCAGUGAUGGAAACACUUAUGAUCUGGACGACCAUGAAGAGAAUUACCGUGAGCUGGUGUCUCCAAGUCACCUCUCACUAAUUGCCAACAUGUCUGGUUGCAAGAACCAGUACCAGAACAUUGACUGUUCCAACACAUGCUUCCAUCGCAAGUACCGUACUCUGGACGGCACCUGUAACAACUUCAACCAGCCUGACUUGGGGGCAUCCAACAAGGCUUUCCUUAGGCUGCUGGAUCCCAUCUAUGAGAAUGGUUUUAAUACUCCAGUAGGCUGGGUGCGCUCUCGCCGAUACAAUGGUCAACAACUUCCUAGCCCACGCCUCAUAUCCUCGUUGAUGAUGUCCACCAGUCAUGUGACAGAAGAUGAAGAUUACACUCACAUGCUGAUGCAGUGGGGGCAGUUCAUGGACCAUGACCUGAGUCUUGCACCUCAGUCAGUGAGCUUUGCAAGGUUCAGUGAUGGUCGCAGGUGUAAUGAAAGCUGUGAAAAUAUCAGUCCUUGUUUCCCUAUCUCUGUUCCAAACAGUGAUGACCGUGUACACACACGGUGCUUAGGCUUCUCCAGAAGCAGUGCAACAUGCAACACAGGGAGCACCUCCAUAUUCUACCACACUGUGUCCCCUCGCCAACAAAUCAACUCCCUCACCGCAUUCAUUGAUGCAUCUAAUGUGUAUGGUAGUACCCAGAGGGAGGCAGAGAGCUUGAGAGAUUUAUCAAAUAACAGAGGACUUUUGCGGGUGGGAUCCUUGACGCUGCGGGGGUCAAGAUACUUGCCAUUUGAUGACGACUCUCUCUCCCAUGUUGACUGUCAGAUAGAACCGAGUAAAAGACAUGUCCCGUGUUUCAGAGCUGGAGACCAUCGAGCCAAUGAACAUCUUGCUCUCACAGCAAUGCAUACACUGUGGUUGCGAGAAAACAACCGUAUUGCUACGAUUAUGUUACAGCUGAAUCCACACUGGGAUGGCAACAAGGUGUAUCAUGAAACGAGGAAACUUAUUGGAGGUGUCAUGCAGCAUAUAUCAUACACACAUUGGUUACCUAAGAUUCUAGGCAAGAGAGGAAUGGAACUCCUGGGGCCAUAUACAGGCUAUGACCCAAGUGUAAAUCCUACAAUAUCAAAUGUAUUUGCUACAGCAGCAUUACGAUUUGGGCAUUCUUUAGUGCAGCCUGUGAUAUUUAGACUGAAUGAAACAUUUCAACCCAUCCCUGAAGGCAACCUACCUCUCCAUAAAGCAUUUUUCUCUCCCUACAAGAUAAUGGAGGAGGGUGGCAUUGAUCCUCUGUUGAGAGGCAUGUUUGGGGUAGCAGCCAAGAAGAGGAUGCCUGGAGAGCUGCUUAACUCGGAACUGACAGAAAAGCUCUUUUCACUGGCUAACACUAUCGGUCAAGAUCUGGCAUCACUCAACAUCCAGAGAGGAAGAGAUCAUGGCCUACCAUUUUAUAAUGCAUAUAGGAGCUUCUGUAACAUGAGCCAAGCUCGGACAUUUAAUGACUUGCGUCAUGAGAUUAGAGACAGGGACACGCGAGCCAAGCUACAGGAUCUGUAUGGCCAUCCUGAUAACAUUGAUGUAUUUGUGGGAGGAAUGGCUGAAACACCAGUAGAAGGUGCCAAGGUGGGCCCAACUUUCCUGUGUAUUCUAGCAAAUCAGUUCAGAAGGCUACGGGCAGGAGACAGGUUCUGGUAUGAGCAACCCGGAGUGUUCAACACUGAGCAGAUUGUUCAAAUCAGACAGAUGUCGCUUGCAAGGGUAAUCUGUGACAACACAGACAGCAUUGACAAAGUCCAACUGGAUGUCUUUAAACGGAAUAUUGGAGAUUACAAGUCCUGUGAUGAUAUACCCCGCCUGGAUCUCCGCAUGUGGACUGACUGCUGUGAAGACUGCAGAAGGACCAAUAACUUCCAGUCAUUUGCCCGUCAUUUCCGUGGCCGUCGUUCCGUCGAGUACAGCUACCCAGAUCACCAGGAGGUGGAGGAGGAGGUGGAACAGCCAGCAAAUGUGACGGACCCAGUGGUGGCUGCUGAGGAAGAGCCAGGAUGUAACUCCACAGACACACGGGGGUCUGUCAUACAGGAUGACGUCAUGCUGUUGGACUCCCGGCUGGAGUGGAUGGAAGCGACCAUGGCCGAAAUGGUCAAAAAUUAUAGCAAAUUAAAAAAGAAAGAUGCGUAACAUGCAAAGGGUGCUGCAAGGCAGGAAUUACCACUGCAAGGACCACAAGAGGAAGAAGAGAGUGCAUGGGGAGAAGUGGAAAAUAGACACUUGUAAAAUAUGUCAGUGCAAGAAGGGUCAAGUGGAGUGUGACAGGCAGGUGUGCCCAUCAGUAACCACGUGCAGAAACCCCCGGAAGGAGGUGGGCAAGUGCUGUGCCACCUGUGACUGAAGCCAGCAGAGCAGGGCCUCUGUGUGAAUGUACAUACUGUGAUGAUGAACUCUUCAGACGCUGGCCACGCCAUUUGUGCUCCCAAGUGACAAACAUUAUUUACUCACUGAGUGGGCUCUGCAAUGCCAGCAGCAUUGAUCAAGUCACCUAGUUAUCAUUCCCACACAUAUUUGCUCGAGGACAUACCAGCUCGAGAUAUACUUCACCACACACCAGCCAAGAGUGUGUAUACACAGUGACAAUUGUAAUGUGAUGUUGCCCUAGGUAGUCAUUCUCAGACUAAGGUGCCCACAAGCAGCUGUUUUCCUCCAUUUCAUGCUGAACGGAGUGAUCGUCAGGGCAGGACUCACUUACCAGGUAGCUGAAAGAACCUGAGGAUGUUCUACCAGGUGUUACCUGGAGAGUUGUGUACACAUUCAGAAUAACUGGCAAUGUGAAAUCACCAUGUGAUAGGUUAGUAUUGUGCGAGCCACACCCCCAUGAUGUCCCCACAUGUGGCAUUACCCCACCCAACUCAGGUAGUCACCCUGCUCCCAUGGAAUUACUAAUGUACUGGUGCUUCUCUGUAAGUCUCCUUCAUCCUACUGCCAGCCUAGCUUCCACUGAUCACUUGUAGCUCACCUCCACUUGCUUGGACAGAUUUUCUAUUGCUUGAAUCAACUUCUGUGAAAAUUAAUGAAGAAUCCAAGAACAAGUAUCUGAGACAUAAUGAGUUCCCUGUUUUCAAAGGUCACCGCAUGUAACAGAGAGGUACAAAUUUUGAUAAAUGAUAAUGGCUAUAUAUUUUAUAAUCACUGUUUCUUAUAUCACAGAAAGUGCUGUGUCAAAGUUGUUGUAUUGUACAUCUGUGGUUGUAGGGACCGAUUCUUGGCUUGAUUGUUGAAAAUAUCAGUGUGAAAACUUUCAGCUUCAGUUUUUGGAGUGGGAAUCUGUGCUAAUUUCAGUUAUUUGCCAAAUUUUCAAAUAGAUAAAAUGAUUUUGAGUGGUUCUUUGUUACCAUGCACUGCAUUGUGCUUUUGAAUCACACAUGAAACCAGAGAUACGCAAAUCCCAUCAUGUGACUGAAGAAAUAUGAAUAUUGAAAGAAAUCCUAUUCAAUAUUGAUUUGAACCAAUCAGAUUGCAGCAUAUACUUACAUUGUGUUUUCACAUAGCUGACACAAACAAUCUAAAAAUAAUUGUCUCUUUGUUACAUCUGUCAUCUCUAGUGAAGUCUAAUUUUUUGCAUCUAAUGAUCUUCAAAAUUAAUCAUGCAAGUAAGGCAUGUUAACAGUAAGAGUAUGAAAUAAGGGGCUAGAUCAUUUCUUGUCAUUUUAGUAGUUUGUUUGGCAUUAAGCAAGAAGACAGUUAUUUGGUAAAAUAUAGGUGCAUAGCAAGCUUUGUUUAUGAAGUGUGUUGCAGUCAAACCAGUAAUUUGGAAAAUAAAUAUUUGUUAUGUAAAAUUUUGAAAUUGGGUGGGAUGAAAGUAUUCUGUAGUAUGUACUGUAUGACAUUUAUCUUCUUGAGUUGGUUUUGACUGAAUUCUACUGACGGUACAUAUAUGGAGAUGUGAAUUGCUCCUGUAUCAGUGCUAGUUUGGUGACUGUAUCUUGUUUUCCAUCUGAGAGGUUGUAAAAAAAGUAGCUUGGAGUAAUCUCCCCCUAGCUCUGUUUAGUAGUGUAGUGCCUGUAGUCUUUCCCCAUCUUCCCAGGCCAAGAGUGUCCACUGGCCAGUA